CUUUCUACUUGUAACGAAAGCAUUUUGGACCACGCCUGAUUGUCUUCCUUUUAUGUUCCACCUCAGAAACCUCAAGUUACCUGAUCAUAAAAAUGCGGGUUAAAUCUUCAUUCAUGUACAUUGGUCGUUUGGUUCAUUAGUUAAACUGAUUGCAGCCUUCUGAAUCACAUAGUGCCUUAUGGAAGAGGACUUAAAACUAAUGCUUGCGCUGUGUUUCUUCAUUCUAGGUACACUUUAUAGCUGGUCGUUAAUUUUGUAUGGAACCUCUGAGGAUCCCCUUUCAAGGAACCGUCAUGCCCCAAAUAAUUCCGGAAGCUUCACAUUUCCAACAUAUGCAACAACAUCAUAUCCUACAAAAGAACCUGCUACAAUCUCGCCGCGACCAACUUCUAAACCUGGUCUCCAGAAGGAAAUCCUGAUCCUCCUUAUUACUGUUGGCGUUCUUGUCCUAGCAGCUGUGAUUUGUCUUUAUCUUUCUAGUCGUCUGUGUCCUGGGUGUGUUCCUGUGUGUUGUGUGCUGUGUCUUGGUUUGUUAUCUCGCCUACUGGACCGUGUGCUCUCGUCUCUCUUUGAGCUGUGCCAAUAGUGCCAUGCUGACCUGAAGACGAUC